AUGAUGGAAAAUCAAUUAUCAGGACUUUUUGCUGAUCAACAAGCUGUUCGAGGACAUUUUAUUGAUGAAAUAUGGAAAGAUAAUCCAAAAAUUGGUAAUUAUUUAAAAAGAAUAUUUAUUGUUAGUGCUGAUUCGAAUCGUGAAAAUCGAAUUUGUGUUUAUGAUAAAAUUUUAAAUGAAUUACCAUUUGGUAGUAUAGAACGAGAAAAAUUAUUAGAAUAUUAUGCAAAAAUAAUGGAUUUAGAACGUCGUGUAAGAAAAUUUGAUAAUGCUAAAAUGUAUAAUGAACGACUUGAUAAUCCAGCUAGUACAGCAACAGCCGAUCAUUUUUCCUAUGUAUUUACUCGAAUGGAACAAGAAGGUGUUGAAUGUGAAAAAGUAAAAGAAUUUUUUAUUCAAAAUGCUUAUGCCCUAUUUAGUUUAACAAUGCAUCCAACAAAUCCAACAUCAAUUGAUUAUACAAUUAAAGGUGGAAUUGAAUUUGAUAAAUGUUUAGAAAAUAAAAUUGAUUAUAAAGAUCAAUUAGCAAUAAUUAAAGAUUUAUCAUUAGCUGGUAGAAAAAAAACAGUUAGUGAAGAAAUAGAUGAAACAAUAGCCAUUCUUGAUAUGAUUUAUGAUACAACACCUAAAGUAAGACAAAAAUUAAUUCAAACAUUAGAAAAUUUUCCAUUAUAUCGUAAUGUUAUUGAUGUUGAUUUACCAUUAAUACAAGCCGCUAUAUGGGCAGCUGGUGAUGGUGAUGGAAAUGAAAAUGCAAAUAUUGAAGCAUUAGAACAAGCAAUUAAAAAAUUAAAACAUCAUAUUAAAUGUUUAUAUCUAAUGGAUGUUGAAAAAUUAUUAUUAUCAAAUGAAAAUAAAUUUAUUGAAGAAAAAUUAUUAAAUGAUAAAUAUCAAACAGUAAAUGAAUUAAUUAAUGAUUUAAAAUCUCUAUCUAAUAGUAAUGAUUUAAUAUAUAAAAUAAAAACAUUUGGUUUUUAUUAUGCUCAAAUUGAUAUACGUCAUAAUGCUGUUGAUAUUAUGGAAACAAUAACACAUUUAACUCAAAUAAAUGGAUUAAUUGAAAAUUUUUCAUCAUUAUCAAUAGCUGAACAAAAAAAAAAUAUUAUUAAUUGGUUUACAAAUGAUAAAAUUAUUAAUAAAUUAUCAUUAACAGAUCAUGAUCAAUUAAAUACUGUAAGUAAAACAGCUGCACGUAUAUUUGGUCGAUUAAAAUUAAUUAAAAAUAAUCAAGAUAUGUUUAAUAAACUUAUUAUUGCUGAAACAAAUUCUGUAGUUAAUGUUUUAGCUUGUUUAUUAUUAUUAAAAGCGGCUGGUAGUUGUGUUGCUGAAGAACAUACAAUUAUUGAUAUUGUUACAUUAAGUGAAUCGGUUAAAGAUUUAGAAGAAUUACCAAAUUUAAUUCGAGAAUUAAUUGAUGAUAAAAUUUAUCGAAAACAUUUAUUUUAUCGUCAAAAAUUAAUACCUAUGAUUGCUAAAAGUGAUACGGUAAGACGUAAUGGUCGUGGUGCUGAAGCAUCACAAGAAAAAGCAUUAGGUACAUUAUAUGCCAUGUUAGAUGAAAUAAAAAUAAAAUAUCCAGAAUUAAAAAAUUUAACAAUUAAUGGAUUUAGUGGUGGUGGUGCAGCAUUACAACGUGGUGGUGGACGUGUAACAGAAGUUGCACAUAAUAAUGGUCGUUCAGCACGUUUUUUUGGUGCCAAAACAAUUGGUCCAUCAUUAUUAACAAUACAAGGUCAUCAAAUGCAAAUAUUAUUUUCACCAUCAUCAAUUGCUUUACAAACAUUAGAAUCAUUAGUUGCACAAAAUAUUCAUGCACGUGCACAAACAGAAUUAAAAAUAAAUGGUGAACAUUAUGUUCCACCACGUAAAGCACCAGAAGGUUAUAAUGAACGUGAAUAUAUUCAAAAAUUUCAUGAUAUUUGUGGUGUUAUGCGUAAAACAUAUUUUGAAUAUAUGGGUGAUUUAGAUGAUGAGUCAAAAAAUACUUCUGGUAAUUAUAAUUUUAAUCAAUUAUUUGCAAAUGGACCAUGGAUAUCUGUUCUUUUGGGAAAUUUAAGUUCACGUCCAUCAAAACGUGGUGGAAAUACAAAAACGGAAGAUAUAACAGUUAAAGAAUUAAAAGGUGAAAAUCCAAAAUUACUUAAUAAUCGUGCAAUUACAGUUGAACGUCUUACCGCUCAUAGUGGUACACAUUUUCUUAAUUAUUUUGGUGUACGUGAAGGUUUAAAAAGUCUUAAACAAAAUGAACUUCAUUCAAUGUAUAUUUGUAGUAAAUCAUGUCGUGAUUUUAUGCGUAAUACAGCAUUAUCAUUACAUAUGACUGAUUUUGAUCUUGCAUGGCAUAUGAUGAUUGGUGAUCCACGUCCAAAUCAAAAUGAAUUAAUUUUAUUAGCUAAUAAAUUUGAUCCACAUACAACUGACAAAAAUUUAAAUAGAGAAACAUUGGCAUGGCUUGAAUUAUACGCAUUAGAUGUAGCAAAAUUAGUCUAUAUUUGUCUUUUAGAUAAACAACCACCAGAAGAUUUUAAUUUAAGAACACCAUUAAAACAUGGUUUCACAAAUUUAGCUCAACAAUUAACGGUUAGAGAAGAAGGAGAUGAAUUUGGACGAUAUGCUGAAUCAAGUAUGACGAAUUUAAUAAAUAAUAAUUUAAAUCUUAUAUUAGGUGAACAUGAACGUUUAACAUUACAAGCUUGUUAUGCAGCAGCUGAUGUUGUUAAUGCACCAGAAGGUGGAUUAAAUAUUGAAUUAACAAGAAAAAAACCUGGUGUCAUAUAG